CUGUGUUAAUUUUCAUCGACGCGGAGAAGGCCUUUGAUAAUAUUUCUUGGAUGUUUAUGAAGAGAAACCUGGAAGGGAUGGGAGUGGGACGGGGGUUUGAAAAUGGAAUAGAAGCAAUUUAUUCUGAGCAAAAAGCUAAAUUGAUAGUAAACAAUGUGGUGACAGAUGAGUUCAAAAUUGAAAAAGGGACACGACAAGGGUGCCCCCUAUCCCCCCUUUUAUUUAUUUCAGUCCUGGAGGUGUUACUGAACAUGAUUAGGAAGGACCG